CGGACACAGAAUGAACUUUAACCUCUUAAAAUGAGCUAUUGUUUUGAUUAAGUAGGCUGAGUUUUCGUGUGAAUUAUUACUAGUUUUUCGAUUAAAAAAAAUAUCUUAUCUCUCCAGUAUUCUUUACAAUCUAGUUAAAAGUAAAUAAUGACCAGAAAUUCGGGGUAGUCGUUAACAAAGAUGGUUUCUUCCACAUAAGCUAACGUUAGCUUCUCGGCUAACGUAGCGUAGCGUAGCUUUGGUAACAACGUUGCGAAGAUGAGCAGCGGCGUAUAGGAGAAACGGAGCAGACGUCGGAAAGCGACGAUAUCCUGCUUGUCAAUCAUAUUAUCCCAGGAUUAUCUUGUCUGUGUGUCUGGAUUACCUCAAAACAGCAUUUUAAACCAAACUAGUCAAAACAUUUAACCCGCAGUUUGAGCUUUGAGGAGUGUUGGACGUUUGCAUCACUCGCACUUUCUUUCAAUGGGGGAGGAAAAACCGGACACGCUGGACUUUGUGAAGGAUUUUCAGGAGUAUCUGAGCCAGCAGACUCAACAUGUCAACAUGAUAUCAGGUUCUGUCAGCGGCGUUAAGGAAGCGGAUGAGCUGCCAGCAGACUGCAGUCAGAAUGGACUGGAUCACCCCUCAGUCGACAUGUCAUUGGAGGACAGCUCAGGGAUCCUGGUAGAUGGUUUCGAGAGGACCUAUGAUGGCAAGCUCAAGUGCCGCUACUGCAACUAUGCCACAAGAGGCACAGCACGACUCAUUGAGCACAUCCGAAUUCACACAGGAGAGAAACCUCACCGUUGCCACCUCUGCCCGUUUGCUUCGGCCUAUGAGCGUCACCUGGAGGCCCACAUGCGAUCGCACACAGGCGAGAAGCCUUACAAGUGUGAGCUGUGCUCCUUCCGCUGCAGCGAUCGUAGCAACUUGUCACACCAUCGCCGGAGACGUCACAAACUCCUGCCAAUGAAAGGCGCCCGCUCACUUUCCCAUAAGAAGAUGCUGAGUGUUUUACAGAAAAAAGCCAGCUCUUUGGGCUAUGGCCGCCGGCUCCUUAUCAAUUUCAGCCCUCCCUCUAUGGUGGUGCACAAGGCUGACAAUGUGAACGACUUUUCACAUGAGCUGCCCCACUUACGUCAGGAAACCUAUGAUAAUCAAAGUCGAGCAGGCGAGGAUGGCCUGUCUGCAAACCAAAAUCACCAUCACCAUGAUAUGGUUGUGGAUAACCCCCUGAACCAAUUGUCUACUCUGGCAGGCCAGCUGGCCAGCCUCCCUUCGGAGUCCCAGGCCCAGACUCAGCCUUCCAUGUCUCCAGGAGCAGAGUCUAUCAUUGAUGAGAAGCCAUUCCUCAUUCAGCAUCCACACCCUGCCACGGCUCCCGUGGCUGUCACAGCCAGUAUGGCUCAUGCUUCUUCCUCAUCUCCAAUCACCCCAGAGCCCCGGGCUCCACCUCACAGUAAUUGCAGUCCUGGAGCGGGACCGUGCAGUGAGCACAGUGGGCGCACCAGCACCCCUAGUAUCUCCAACAGCCAGCCCAGUACGCCAGCUCCCGGCCUGUCUGCCCCUCUUCAGGACCCCCACAUGCUGCAUCACUGCCAGCACUGUGAUAUCUACUUCCCUGACAACAUCCUUUACACCAUCCACAUGGGCUGCCAUGGCUACGAGAACCCAUUCCAGUGCAACAUCUGUGGCCACAAGUGCAAGAGCAAGUACGACUUUGCCUGCCACUUUGCGCGCGGGCAACACAAGUAAUGGAUGAAUGAGGAAAAGAUUAAAAAGAACUUUUAAUGGAUUGCUUUGUUUUAUUAUUUCUAUAGUAAUAUUAUUUAUUUAUCUUUCAUUUGGCCUUUAUGUAGCCUUGUCUUUGAAAGUUGUACUUACACAGGAAAAUAUCAAGAUUCAGAUUCAAUUUGUAUAGUUGAAGGUGCCCAUUCAAGUGUAUUAAUAAGAUGAUCAGUGUUUUUGACAGGUUGAGAAUUUAUUUGUGACGGUGGUGGCAGUGGCAUUCAUCUGUUAUCAUAGAUCUAGAACCAAACUUCACAACAUAGUCAAGCUAAGAAAAGUUAUUGAACAUAUAAGGCUACUAAAUUCACAGUAUUGAUUUGAAAAAGAAAAAUGCCUUGCUCAAAAAUAGACUGCAGUACAUAUGUUGGCUCUUCCCCUAAGAAUAGAAAAUCUUGUAGCUGGUAACCUGUUCAGAUCUUUUCUACAAGUUAUAUGAAAACCAGUGACUGCUAAAAGCUGCAAUCCAACAUUUUUUUGUAAAUUAUCUUAGAAAGUCGUAUAAUGUUGCAUAUAGACAUUUGGAAAUGGAACAACUGAAUCGUGGACAAAUCACUGCUCAGGAGAAGAUACAUGAUUAGUUUCCUAAUGCAAUGUUUUUGUUGUACUGACUGAAAAUUGACUGAAAUCUCCAUAAACACAGUAUCACAUAACUUUAGCUUGCUUGUCCAGAAAGUGAAGGAUGGCGGUUCUACUAGAAUAUCAAAAUGGCAUUAACAGAGUGUCCAUUUAGAACAAUAUAAAGUAGUAAAAAGGAAACUCCACACAAAUAAAUUCUCAAUACUCCUGGAGCUUUAACCAAGUAUUGCUCUAAUAUUACUAACUCAGGCGUGAAACUGUUGGCCUUGAGGUAUCUUACCUAAGCCGCCUUGUUGAAAUUAUUUCAGCGCUUGGUGCAUUAUUACAAUUUCUUUGCAGUGCCUGACAUAGUCACUUUCUUGUGUGUCCAAGUUAAAAAGGACUGUUACUUUGAAGAUGAAUAUAUAUUAUUACACUAGUCUCUUCAGACCCAGAACCUUAGGAAAAAAGUUUGGCCAUUGUAGUUUUUUUUAUGGUAGCAAUGAUUUUUUUAUUUUUUUUUGCCAAAAUUCUGCUACAUGAAUGCUGCUAACAAACUUGAGAAUCAGUGCCAGCUGUACUAUAAAGAUGGCAUUGACAGUAAAACCUGGCCAAACUGUGUAUCAGAGGGUUUUGGUCAGCCAGCUAAGUUGUCAAACUAGACCAUUAUUGAAGUUGUGUUGUUUUAAAGUUCCUCCGUACAGUGCCCUUCCUUGACUUCCAUCAUGGUUGCUUCACUUAAUUUGAUAAAAAAGGGUUUUGUGUAUCCUUUUAAUUGCAUCAUGCCACUUUCUGACCUUUCAAUAUUGUAUGAAGUCACUUUAAUAUUCAGUAUCUCCAUGUUUAGGAGAGAAUCACAAAGUCUUGUGUCUCAUGGGAACACAUUCAGAAUGGCCACGUAGCACUGGGUUGCCACGUUUUAGCCUCUGUGAUGACACACUAAGAUGUCCAUCAUAUUGAUCCCAGUGCUUUUCUGAAUAUUUACUGAGUAUUGUAUUCUGAAUGGUUGGAUAGAUGUUCAGUGUCAAGCAAAACCGUGCUGCAGUUGAGACUGCUCCUUUAGCAAGAUUGUCCUGUGUCUUGAGUACUGUUGUCUGUUGCUUAGCAACACGUGUGAAGAACAUAGUUAUCUGUUUUUAGGACCACCUCCUUGUUACCUUACUUACCAGUAAUGGGGGCAUCCAGUAAUGACUGCCUUAUGUUCUCUCAUUGUGUCGUAGGUUCAUAGGUAAUCGUGAAUGUUUAAGCCUUCUGGCGGUGACAUCCUUCUGGGAUGGCAAAUCAUUGUGAGAUGGAUUAAAUCUGACUAAUUUAUAAGUAAAGUG